CGCUCGUAAAUUGAUCUCUCGUAAAGUUCGCGGACCGACACGUUCCCAAAACGCUCCACAAGUUUUAGUGUGGGUUUACCGAUAACGGUGUGUCACUUUCUUGAGCGUAAUACACGGCUUUCAAAAAUGGCGGUACAGUACGCUUGUUCGCUGGAGGACUGGAGACGAGAAACAUGGAAGUGAGGCAUCAAAGGCCAAACAACAGCGUUCUCUUCAGCGUGGCUGUAAUUAUUACUGUUUUUUGUGUCUUUUUAUCUUCUUUCCAUCGUGAAAAUACUGAGAAAUGACAUCUAAUAUCAGCUUAAGCGAAGAUGACAUUCCUGGUGCCUCCCUAAAAGGUCGAAAUGCUUCAGAAUUAAAAAACGAUGAACUAAAAUUUUGGUUGAAAUGUAGAGGAGACUCUGGGAAAGGACUUAAAACAAAAGCAGAACUUGUGAAAAGAGUCGAAGAAUUCAUCAAGAAUGGUAAAGACAAACAAAUCGUGGAUCCCGAUCCAAAUCAACUGUACACGCGAAGAAAACUUUCUUUGACCAAGUCUACUUCUAGUAAUUGUUCCAACGAGCCUCGAGUACGAUCGGUAAAAUAUCCUGAAGAAAACUGGGGUACUUCUCUAGAGAAAAUGCCACUGUUUACAAAGGCUGAAAUGGACGAGCACAUUGUAAAUUCUGGUAAAAAAAUCGCGAACAAAGAGAGCACAAGCGUUCCAACCAACUUGAGGAAAGCACAGACUUUUCUUCAAGAUGAGUAUCUUCACGAAAUUAUAACAACAAGUGAUCAACGAGGGUUCUAUUUUAAAGCCAAAUGCUCUCACAGUUUUAAAAAGAGUGAUGCCCCUCAUGACCUUAAGCUUGCAAUAUGCAUUAUAUCUGGUAAAGUGUUGCAUGCAUUUUGUAGUUGUGUCGCUGGCACCGUUGGAUAUUGCAAUCACAUCUUAGCUUUAAUGCUAAAACUUUGCAAGUAUACUUUGUAUGACUGUAAGUCGACGAAGGAUCUUUGUAAAGAUAAAGAUGAGACUGAAGGUCUAGCUUGUACUUCAGAACUACAAAAAUGGCACAGAAAGGGAGGAGGCUCUAACAUUUCACCACAGCCCAUCUCCAGUGUGAUAGUAAAUAAAACUAAAUGCGAAACUAGUUCUACUAGAACUUCUAAAGAUGGAGGAGUGAAGUCACUUCUUUAUGAAGCAAGGAUAAGUGCAGUAUGUCAUGAAGAAAAAAUUGAACAAUUCAAGCAAGAUUUGAGUAAAAUUUAUGCAAACAUGGGACUAUCUCAAAUGGCAUCAGAUACUAGACAACACAACAUGGUGGACACCAAAUUUGGUAAAUGCCCAAUAGGUUCCUUUGGAUCCUAUCAGCUUUUAUUUACUGAAUCUAAUUUUUCAGCCAAAGCUGACUUGAGUUCAGUGCCACGUAGGAUUGAAGCACUCAAUUGUGAACAAUUUCCAAGGUUUCCCCACAUUGAAGAGGAACAUAUGAAUAUUCCAGAUACACUUUCCACUGAAGAACAACAAUUUAUCACAUCUCUUACAAAGGAUGAAAAUGAAAUCAAUGACAUUGAAGUUAACACCAGGGCCCAGGCUGAUUGUGAGGAAUGGAACAAACAGCGAUGUCAUCGUUUUACUGCAUCUAAAUUUCAUCUGAUCAGCCACAGAAAAAGAAACCAUAAUACAUUGGCAGAAACAUUGAUACAUCCAAAGAAGUUUUCCAACAGAGCUGUAGAGCAUGGAAGAAAUUUUGAGCCGGUCGCAUUAAUGGAGUAUCAAAAAUACAUGAAAAAUGCUAGAACCCCAGUUAAAGUUUUUCCCUCUGGAUUUGUAAUUUCGAAAUCUCACCCUAUUCUUGGUGCCAGUCCUGAUGCAAAAGUUAUUGAUCCUGGCUGUUUAGAAACUUUUGGUCUAGCUGAAGUGAAAUGCCCUUAU